ACGGGCGGUCCUCGAAACUUGUUGCUGCUGUUUUUUUGUCGUUGGUGGGGGGGCGAGUGGUGGCGACAUUGGAGGUGGGAGAGGGCAGACGACGACAAUUGGUGGUGUCGCUGUGGCUGGUGCAGCCGGUGGUGGGAGAAGCUGUGUUCUGGUCGACAAGGAUAACGUCGUGAAAAUUAGCAGUCACGAUCAGGGGAGCUUCCAUGUUGGUGAAGAAGUUCGUGACGAUGGUGCUGGAGUUGCUAAGAUUAAUGAAAACAUCCUGACUGUAGAUGUGAGUGAUGUAGGAAGAAAGUUAAACGAAACUUACAACAAUAACACCACCAGAGACAACAACAUUGACGACGCAAACAACAACAACACAAUCAACAACAACAACAACACAAUCAACAACAACAACAACACAAGCAACAACACAAACAACAACAACGACGUUGUUGAAAUCCACUCAGCGUCAACAUCAACAGCCACCAACACAACGAUACUCACGCCUAGGCGACUCAACACAUUACUCUGCUGCCAAGCAGCAGCAAACAACACUAAAAACGACAAAACCCUCAAAACAACACCACCACCACCAACAACAACAACAAACAAAACUAAAAAAUCAAAUAACGACUCGAGUUUUUCUGAAGAAGAUUGCGAAAACAAGAAAAAAACAUGGCGGCUGUCAAAGAAAAAACUCUCGCGUGGUUACAAAUCAAUACCCUUGAAACGCUUUCCGGCUGCCACAAACGCUACCGCCACUACCACUACUGCUAAUAACGCAGAACUGCUUUUGGGGGGUAAUAAAUAUGGUGGAGAUGGGGAGGUUGGUGGGGGUGAUGAUGGAAAGGGCGGGAAAAAGUUACUCGAAAGAAUGGAAUCAUCGCAUGUUUACAUGGGACCCGCCUCUGAAAAGAAGUAUGAAUGA